AUGUUAUCGACACCUCACGUCUGGGGCAACACGACAUUGGCCUUCACGAUGGAGUACGAAAAGUGCUACGUCUUUCAGCCUGAUGACGAAAGACCGACCAAACGAAGGCGGACAGAGCCCGAAGGCCUGCAAGCCUCCUGGAUGGUCCGGAGAAAGGCGUAUCAAGAAGCGUGGAAAGCACGACAGGACAACAUUGACCAGCGACUUGGACGCAUGAAUACCGAGACUGUCAGCGAAAUCGUGUCAUUCCUGGAUCAACCCGCUCCGGACGGCCGAAUUCCGACUGCGUUGAUACUGGCAGGCCCCAAUUCUGCUCUGCGAUCAUCUAUUGUUGCGCAGAUACAAUCGCAUGGAGACUUCGCGUCACGGAUCAGCUUUGUGUCGAUAUCAUCUGCUGCUGGUACGAAUCUCAAGGGUGCACUGAAGACUGUCAUACAAAAGGCAACUGCCUGCAGCCCCGGUGAUGACGAGGACGAUGAGGUCGAGCCGGCCGCCGGCCGAAAGGGAGGACCGAAACUGCUCAACUACGAUUUACAGAUCUUACACGAUUAUGUGGUAGACCAUCACAUCCGACAAGUCGUGGUCGCAAUCGAGGAUACUGAAGCUUUCGACGGUGACCUGCUGUCCGAGCUGAUAGAACUGUUCGGUUGCUGGCACGACCGAAUACCAUUUGCUUUACUGCUUAAUAUUGGAACAUCAGUCGACUUCUUGCAGCAAAGACUCUCGAGAGGUGCACUCAAGUAUCUGCACGGUGCAGUCUUCGAUGCUGCAGCGUCGUCAGACGAAGUCGAGCAGAUCUUUGAAGCGCUCACAGACCCGGGAACGCCGCUAUGGAUGGGAUCUGGACUUGCGUCUAUGGCAUUGGAGCGACAAGCAGAUUACAUACAGAGCAUUGACAGUCUUGUGCAGACCGCGCAGUAUGCGUACAUGUCACACUACUACGCCAAUGCGCUUAGCCUGUUCUUGGAUGUUGAUAUCUCGCAAACCGACGUCCCAAAGGACCACUUCGAGGCUUUGCGGAAUCUGCCCUCGUUUCGCACCUUUGCUAGGAAGUUGCUCGACGAUGAUGAAGUCAAGAUCCUGAGAGGUCUCCUUGACUCAGAUCAGUCAUUGCUGAGUUUCGUGCGGCAAUCAGUCGCCAACGGCAGAGACUCGCUAGCACGCUCGAACCAAGCAAUAGAAGUCAUACGCAUACUGCAAGCGUCUUUACCGAAUUCAGUACCGACCGCUAAGUCGAAAUUGUACGUGCAAGCGAUGUCUGGAAAGCUAGCCGGCUCACCACUUCUGCGAACGCUGCUCUUGACCUUGCGCAAAGCUCCUUCCGAUGUGGCACUCCCAGUCAUCGCCAAUCUCAAACAGUCGAGCAGUGAUGUAUCGAUGAAGUCCGCCGAGCUAUCUGAGAUCGAAUCGGAGCUGGUACAAUUGCUCGAGAGCAAAGCUGCAUCUGGUCAACCACUUCGAAGCGAAGAUGACAUCAAGAACUCAACUUUACGAACAACCGUCAUCGCCCAGAAAGUCGAGCUCAGUAAACAGAAGUCAACGCUCUCCAAGCAAGAUGCAGCAUAUACCACGCUGAUCCGCCGCCUCUCCGACCUGCUGUCAUCACAUUUCGAGAAGAACCUUCGAGACCCGAAAGAUCUCGUACUACACGAGAUCUUCAUCUACGACCUCAAAUCGCCUUAUCGGGAAGUCUUCACACCCCGCCCGCGAGCUGCCAUCGAGCGCGCGUUGACAGCGCCGCACGACUACUUGGAUUGUGACUGCUGUGAUCCUGAGCAGGAUGAGGCAACGUUGGCAGCGACGCAACCGGCCACGGCUGUGUUGUAUCAGCUGUACCUGGAGUCUGGAAGUCUGAUCAAUGCAAGCGAUCUGUGGCAGGCUUUUGCUGCUGUGAUGGGAGAGUCUCAGGACGAUGAGCAUGCCACUAUGGCACUCUUCCAGCGUGCGUUGGCGGAUAUGAAGUAUCUCGGUCUCGUGAAGAAUACAAGAAAGAGGGUCGACCAUGUUGCAAAAGUGGCGUGGAGAGGAUUGUAG